AAAUGAAUUUGAUUCAAGAGAUUUCAAAGGCUUGCUCUUGCGUCUGCGCGGAGUCUAGUUCCCCUCCCUCCUCCCAGCCAGAGGCGAAGCGGCGGCUUCACCUACAUCAGCAACGAGGUUGCAAAAAGAAAGUGAACUUCAGGCUCCUUCGAUAAUUCACCGCUGAGUUGGCCGUCCAGGAAACGAACUAAAAGCAGCUCGUAAUAAGGACCACGCUAUUGAAACACGGCGGACAACAAUUAAGUAUAUAACGGUCUCCUGUUUUGGUCUGAGUUUGGCCACAAGAUGUUUGGCUUCCACAAGCCUAAGAUGUAUCGGAGCCUGGACGGUUGCUGCAUCUGCAGGGCCAAAUCGUCCAGUUCGCGGUUUACCGACAGCAAGCGCUACGAGAAGGACUUCCAGAGCUGCUUUGGGUUGAAUGAAGCCCGCUCAGGAGAGAUCUGCAAUGCCUGCGUGCUCCUGGUCAAACGGUGGAAGAAGCUCCCUGUGGGCUCCAAGAAGAAUUGGAAUCAUGUUGUAGAUGUUCGUGCAGGACCAAGUUUGAAGACAGCAUUGAAACCGAAAAAAGCAAAAUCCCUCACUGGGAGCAGAAUAAAAGCCAGUCAGAUCAGCAAGAUCCAGAAAGAGCUGAAACGUCAGAGUAAGUACUCUGACGCCCACAGUACCACCUCCAGUAUGUCCCCAGCACAGUCUCCCUGCUACAGUAACCACUCGGACGAUGGAUCUGACACAGAGAUGGCGUCGGGGUCCAGCAGGGUGCCCGUCUUCUCCUUCCUGGAUCUCACGUACUGGAAAAGGCAAAAAGUCUGCUGCGGGAUCAUUUACAAAGGGCGUUUUGGGGAGGUGCUAAUUGACCCUCAUCUCUUCAAGCCCUGCUGUGGCAACAAGAAGAGAGCGACGGAAGCCCCCGAGCAACAGGCGGUUCAGUCCCCCUCGGCUUCGAAAGACGACGAAUGGUGAACUGGCUCCUUCAGACAGAGGGAGGGGGAGAGACUAAAGUAGGGUCAAAAUUGCAUUGAAGAGAUUGUGUUUUUCAAAAAAUUGGAGUGAAUUGUAAAACUGCCCAAAUGAACUGACCUGCCAAAAAGACUGACAAUUAAGUUUCCCUGGGAGUUGGGUGGGGGGAGGGGGGGGGUGGGGGGGAGGGAGGGAAUCCAUUCAUUUUUCUUUUUGUGGUUUAAAAUAAAUCUGUAAAUUGUUGUAUAUUUCAUAAACUACACGCUUAUUAAGUGGAGUGAAGCGUGCCUGUAAAGUGCUAUUAUUUAGGAUUUAUAUCUUUUGAUUAGUAAUGGACUUUUCUCUUGUGCUGAGUGAGUGGGAUUGGAAGAGUGAGUGAGUGUUGUAUUGUAGCUGCCACGUGUUUGGAAAGCAUUGGUGGCCCUGAUUGUGGGCAGGCGGAGCAAGUUUUUCCCAUUGUAUAGUUGAGUCACGUGGACUUGAAAGGACUCUGCCCUUCUGAUGCCCCAACUCAUGCUCAAUUGUCCAAGAUGUACCAAAAACAACUCGGCAUCCGCUGAGAUCGGGAAGCGGAGGAAGGAACGCCUAAGCAUCAACUAUUUGGUUCCGUCCCAUUGAGAACGUUCUUGGGAUGGAUGAGGGAGGGUUCAUUUGGCUAGUGGCAACAUCCCCUUUAUUUCCCACCACCUGAAAGCUGAGAUAGUUGGAGCGGAGAGGGACACCACUUUCCCAAGUGAUGCAGCAUUGGCACAUUCUGAAGAAACAAAGGAUAACAAGGGAAAGGGUUUCUGCACAUGACGUGGGGUUGCGUCGGUUUGUGACAGUAUUGGUCUGGCUGUUAUAUUUUGCUUGCUGCUGCUGCUUGCAGCUUUGAGAAGCUUUCAAUUUUCACCAUCUGCCAAGCGGGUCAGGGUAUCGUUUCAAAGCGGCACCUCAGUCUGCCAAAUCUGCACUUAGACCGUGAAAGUGACAAGCGACCGACCUUAUUUCUCGCGCCCCCUUCCCCCCCCCCCCCCCCCCUCCAAUUCCCCUGCCAUCAUCCAUGCCUGAGAGAGGAUGCGCUGACAAUGUGGCAGAAAUAUAACAUUCCUCCCUGUCCACUGGACUUACCGAAACAAGUAGAGGCCCCACUACUUUCAGUCUGAAGAAGGGUCCCGACCCGAGACGUCACCCCUCCUUUUUCUCCAGAGAAGAUGCCUGUCCCGCUGUGUAACUCCAGCACUUUGUGCCCAUCUCUUACUACAACAGAUCUUAAUAUCAGCCCUACCUCCAGAUACUGGAAUUUCCAAUUGGAUAUACAAAAGGGGAAGAUGUAUAGUGAGAGGUGCCAUGUUGGAACUCCCGCCUUUCUUUCAUAGGUAACUGUUUGUGAGCUGUGCAGUGCCAAAUUACAAGAUAUACCAUUGUCUUGAUGUAUAGAGGCCCAAACUUAUCCUCUACAAUUACCAGCUACCACAAUUCCCCCUUUCCUGAAGGAUCUACUCAUGUUCCGAAGUUCUCAGAGCAGAAUUAGGCCGUUCGCCCUCUCAAGUCUACUCCACCAUUCAAUUGUGGCAGAUCUAUAUUUCCCUCUCAACCCCAUUCUCCUGCCUUCUCCAUAAUCCUUGACGCUCGUACUUUUCAGGAAUCUGUCAAUCUCUACCUUAAAAAUAUCCAUUGAUCCAUUGGCCUCCGCAGCCUCUCCAGCAAUGAAUUCCACAGAUUCACUACCCUCUGACUAAAGAAAUUCCUCCGCUUCUCCUUUCUAAAGGUACGUCCUUGUGUUCUGAGGCUACGGCCUCUGGCCCUACACUCCUACUAGUGGAAACAUCCUCUCCAUAUUCACGCUAUCCAGGCCUUUUGUUAUUUGCAGUCAAUAUUCCUGUGCACACGUGUGAACCCAAGAGAGUAGUGUUGAUGUACUGCUUCAAAGUGCAAGGCAUUUUUUUCUCCAGCUUCCCUGGAGCACGCUCUGUCCAGCAGAGGCUACUGACCAGCAGUGGGGAAACCUUCCUUUGGGGUUCGCUGCAACUAUAACUUUGCCAGAGCCGUUGUUGAAGUGUGGGGGAAAAACUAUCCCUUUAUUGGUUUCUCUCGCACAACCCUGACCUCCGUCGUUCAAUGGCGUUGAGCAUAGCUGCAGGUUCCCAACCCAAGACUGAGAAACGUCAUGGCGUCCCUAGAGGCCGGUCCUAACUCUACAGCUAAACAAAUGGAUUCCAUUAAAGGUAGGAGAGUGCGAAGGCAAACUGAGUGUUGGUGUAACCAGUUCACUGAUGUUUUGAGGGGGGCGGGUAGAAGGGGGAGAGAGAGAGAGACACACACACACACACACACACACAGAUGUGUGUCUGAUGGGAUUUAUAUGCAAUAUUUGCAGAGGCUAGCAGAAGUGGGGACAAAUUGGACAGCUCUUUGCAAAGAGCUAGCAUUGCUGCGAUAGGCAGAGUGGACAUUUUGAUGUAAAACGUGAGCAGCUGAUCUGACCAGUGAGCCACAAUGAGGAGCUGAGAUAUUGCAUUGAGGUGCGGUGCGGUGCGAUAGCUGUGAAUGUGGCAGCAAACAGCUUUGAGGGAGUUUUGUAUGUCCAGCACUUAGCUCUUGGCAUAUUGGGCCAUUCUCAAAAAUGAGGAGGAGAAGACUACUGAGGAAGAUGCUGGUAUUAGUUGUCGUGCUAAGGGCUUUCCUUUCAGGUCAUGCAUGCGUUUGCAUGUGGGCACAUUGAGCAUGUCGAGAUGGGGCGUGUGUCAGGAUGGGACGUGUGAUAUUAAGCUACCCAGGUUGUCCUUGUGGCUGGGUCCAGACACAUGGUGCCCCCUGGCUGAGCAGCUUGUAUGAGUGUGAGCGUGAGGUCUGGCUUGGGUUCAGAUUCACUCCCAGAGCUUCCUUCCCUACCACUCUAUUUAUUAUUAUUUAUUUUUAUUUCCUCUCCAGCAGAAAACGCCACUGUCUCCUUCCCCUCCUUGACCUAGCUUAGUGCAGCAGGAUGUAUUUUAGUGAUGCACUUUGUAAUGUAUUAGAGAUCUAUGGAGCCAGUUUUUUGUACUUUUUUUAUACUGUUGAUAUUCUUCUACUCAAAAUUUUUUUAUUAGUCUGAAAUAAAGUAGACUGCUUUAUAAAGAA